AAAAAAAAAAUGUGUUGUGGAGUUUACGCCAUAUUUCGUUGCUGCCCCAUGGUUUAUGCUGCACGGUAUAAGUGAUCAACGUCUUCAAACGAGGUUGUCUUUGAAUUGAACUACAGUUUGGGGACCGCGGAAAGGAAGUUCUGUUUUUGUGUGAUCAUACCUACCUGCUCGUGCUUGCCUUGCUCGCAUUACAAUGGUUGCGUCCUGUAUUGACGUUUGCCUGGGUCCAUCAUCGCUGUGGUGCUGAAAAGAAACGAACCUGUGCGGCCGAAACGAACCUGUGCGGCCGUAGCGAGUGUAUGCUGCUGCGAACGAUGAGGAGGUUUCUGUGGAUCUGCAGCGGUUGAAUUGCACCACCUCGCCCACUUAUUGCUGCGUUCUUGAUUUUAUCCCUCGAAACCUGGACUCUACCGGCGCAGUUUAUGAAGACCCAGUGUGGACAGUAAUGACCUCACCCUCCCAGUUGCCAGCUGGCAGUAACUACAAUGACCGAGCAUCAGAGCUGGCACAAGACAGGCAGCACACAGAGGUGGUCUGUAAUGUUCUUCUGCUGGAUAACACAGUUCAAGCCUUCAAAGUUAACAAGCACGAUCAAGGACAGGUCCUGCUGGAUAUAGUGUUCAAACACCUGGAGCUGACGGAGAGAGACUACUUCGGRCUACACCUGGCCAACGACUCCUCAAACAGUCAGAGGUGGCUGGAUCCAACCAAACCCAUAAGAAAGCAAUUAAAAAGGGGGUCUCCACACAGUUUAAAUUUUAGGGUUAAAUUCUUUGUAACCGACCCCAAUAAACUUCAGGAGGAGUAUACAAGGUACCAGUACUUUUUGCAGAUUAAACAGGACAUACUUAGUGGAAGACUGCCGUGUCCAUACAUCACAGCCGCUCUUCUUGCUUCAUACGCUGUUCAGUCUGAGCUAGGGGACUACAGUCAGGACGAGAACUUGCCCGGCUACCUCUCCGAAUACUCUUUCAUCCCCAACGCACCACAAGACUUUGAGAAAGAGAUUGCCAAACAGCAUCAGCAACACAAGGGACUGCCUCCUGCCCAGUCAGAGUUCAAUUAUCUAAACACAGCACGGACGCUAGAGCUCUAUGGAGUCGAAUUGCACUAUGCAAGGGAUCAAAGCAACACAGAGAUUUUAAUCGGAGUGAUGUCAACUGGGAUUGUCACCUAUAAGAACAGGGUACGAAUCAACUGCUUUCCAUGGCUACAGAUUGUAAAGAUCUCGUUUAAAUGUAGACAGUUUUUUAUUCAACUCCGAAGAGCAUUGAAUGAGAGCCGUGAGGCGCUGUUAGCCUUUAACAUGGUGAACUACCGAGCCUGUAAGAACCUAUGGAAGGCCUGUGUAGAGCACCACACCUUCUUCAGACUGGACCGACCCUUACCACCACAGAAGAACUUCUUUGCACAUGUCUUCCAACUGGGCUCCAAGUACCGCUACUGUGGUAGGACAGAGGUGCAGUCUGUCCAGUACGGCAAGGAGAAGGGCAUCAAGGACAGGGUGUUCGCCAGGUCUCCCAGUAAGCCCUUGGUGAGGAGGGUGAUGGGUGGAGGGAUGGACUGGGAGUCAGUCAGCCGGAACUCCAGAGCCUCUCUGUCUGACGACCGCCUGGAGACCCAGAGCCUGCCCACACGCUCCCCACCAGGCACCCCCAACCACAGGAACUCCAAGUUUGCACAAGAGCGCCUGCGGCCGUCCUCCGUGGGACACCUGCUGGACCAUGUGCUCUACUACGACCAUGCCUCGCCCUGCCCGACCUUCACCAAUCACAAGUCAGCCUCCUCAACUCAGGCCAACUCCAUCAGCCUAGAUUCUACCCCGUCACCAGACUCGACCAUCGACGGCCAGCCGCCCYCUCUUCCCCCUAAGCAGACCAGGAGGCCUCUGUCCAGCCAGUCCCAGUCCCACUCUCAGCAGGAGUUGGACGACCACAUCAAUGAGCUGUACGACACGCCUCUGUCAGAAGACAAGACUAUGCCCAAUGGAGUGCUUCCUCAUGACAAUCUGGUGUUCAUUAAAAUGUGCCCCGACGAACAAGGACGAUUUGGAUUCAAUGUGAAGGGUGGGCUGGACCAGAAGAUGCCUGUGAUCGUGUCCCGAGUGGCCCCGGGAACAGCGGCUGACCUGUGUGUUCCGCGGCUGAACGAGGGAGACCAGGUGGUUCUGAUUAACGGUCAGGACAUCUCAAGAGCACACCCCGACCAGGUGGUCAUGUUCAUCAAGGCCAGCUGUGAGGAGAGCGACUCAGGAGAGCUGAACCUGCUGGUCAGACCCAACGCCAUGUAUGAUCUGGUGGAGGAGGAGAAGCUGGAGGAUGGAGAUACGGAGUCUAACUACCAGUACUCCCCAGAGAGGGCUCCCCAGGACCAGCCCCAGGACCAGCCCCAGCCAGACCACCACCCAUCCUGCUGGAGAGACUCCAUACUACAGCUGAAAGAAGGCUUYAGCACUGGGGCCGUACAGCAACAGUUUGAUCAACUCUACCGGAAAAGGCCUGGAUUGACAAUGUCAUGUGCCAAAUUACCUCAGAACAUUUCCAAAAAUCGAUAUCGAGACAUUUCACCAUAUGAUGCAACCAGGGUUAUUCUGAAGGGCGAGGAUGGGGACUAUAUCAAUGCAAAUUACAUCAAUAUGGCGAUCGCAGCGUCCAGUGCUGUAAACCGCUACAUCGCGUGCCAGGGCCCGCUGCCCGCCACCUGCUCUGACUUCUGGAGGAUGACUUGGGAACAGGGCUCCAACAUGGUGGUCAUGCUCACCACGCAGGUGGAGAGAGGACGGGUGAAGUGUCAUCAGUAUUGGCCCAACUCUGGUGCCAURGCUACCCAUGGGGACUWCCAGGUGUCCUGUGUGACAGAAGAAGGGAAAUCAGCAUUUCUGGUCAGAGAGAUAACUCUCACACACCUGCAGAGUGAAGAGAGCAGGCCGCUGACUCAGAUCCAGUACAUGGCCUGGCCUGACCACGGUGUUCCAGACGACUACACUGACUUCCUGGACUUUGUCAGUCUGGUCCGCAGAAAGAGGGAGGGCAAGGAGGAGCCGGUGAUAGUACACUGCAGCGCUGGGAUUGGUCGGACUGGGGUGCUCAUCACCAUGGAAACAGCCAUGUGUUUGAUUGAGUGCAAUCAGCCUGUGUAUCCGCUGGAUAUCGUGAGGACAAUGAGAGACCAGAGGGCCAUGAUGAUCCAGACCCCGAGCCAGUACAGGUUUGUCUGUGAGGCGAUCCUCAAGGUGUACGAGGAGGAGCUGGUCAAACCGCUGACGCCCACAAAGCCCCUGACACCCGUAGAGUCUCUGACGCCCACAAAGCCCCUGACACCCGUAGAGUUCUCUGACCACCCCAAAGCCCCUGACACCCGUAGAGUCUCUGACGCCCACAAAGCCCCUGACACCCGUAGAGUCUCUGACGCCCACAAAAGCCCCUGACACCCGUAGAGUCUCUGACGCCCACAAAGCCCCUGACACCGAGUAGAGUCUCUGACGCCCACAAAGCCCCUGACACCCGUAGAGUCUCUGACGCCCACAAAGCCCCUGACAUCCGUAGAGUCUCUGACGCCCACAAAGCCCCUGACACCCGUAGAGUCUCUGACGCCCACAAAGCCCCUGACACCCGUAGAGUCUCUGACGCUCACAAAGCCCCUGACACCCGUAGAGUCUCUGACGCUCACAAAGCCCCUGACACCCGUAGAGUCUCUGACGCCCACAAAGCCCCUGACACCCGUAGAGUCUCUGACACCUACAAAGCCCCUGACACCCGUAGAGUCUCU